AUGAGCUCAUCAACGUCGGACGUGGAGUCCGUCAUGUCCGCUAACCAGCGCUUUGACACCAGUGCACCUUCCUCACCACCUCGGGAUGAGAGUGUUGAGCCCAUGGAUUCUGAGUUCGCUCUAAUCAUGAAGGAAGAGGCAAGGGCCAAAGCAGACAACAACAAGAAAGACAAAGCAGCACAAAAGUCCCAGAAUCUCAAGAACCGCAGGAAGCGCAAGAAUGAGCUCUCUAAAGAGGAGAAGCUCAAGUUGGCCAAGGAGCUGGAUGAGCUUCUCAAGAAGUCUCAGGCGUUCAGCAAGAUGCUCAUGGAAAAGACUCAAGCAAUGGGUCGGGUUGGCACAAGCUUGGAGGGCGAAGCCUUGGGUGACCACAGCCUGUCCCUCACUGCUCAACCCAAAAUCAUGAAGGGUGGCACCAUGAGAGAUUACCAGUUGGAAGGACUUACUUGGAUGCGGGAAGUGUGCCUUCAGGGCUUAUCUGGUAUUCUCGCUGAUGAGAUGGGUCUUGGCAAGACGGUUCAGACCAUCUCGUUGAUUGCCAAUUUGAGAGAGGAAAACUACCUUGGCCCUCAUCUCAUCGUUGCACCUUUGAGUACCCUUUCGAACUGGAUGGACGAGUUUGAGAAGUGGUGUCCUUCCCUUCCUGUCGUUCUCUUUCAUGGAGACGCUCAGAAGCGCGCCGAAAUCAAGAGGAAACACUUGACGCCAAAUAUGAAGAACGGCAACCCCACCAAGAAGUUCCCUGUGGUGUGCACAUCUUACGAGAUGGUCCUAAGAGAAAGGGCUACUUUGAGCAAGUUCAAUUGGGCUUUCAUCAUCAUUGACGAAGGCCACCGCAUGAAGAACUUCGAGUCUAAGCUGUUUCAAGAGCUGGAGACUUUCGCAUCCGCUACUCGUAUGCUCAUCACGGGAACACCCCUGCAGAACAAUUUGAAAGAGCUUUGGGCUCUUCUUCACUUCUUACUGCCUAUGAUCUUCAAGAGCUACGAGGCUUUUGAGGCAUGGUUUGACUUUGACGACCUCCAGGACGAAGAGGGCGCGCAGGAGUUCAUUGCCGAUCGCGAGAAUCAGGAGCUGAUCAAGAAGAUUCACGUCAUUCUUCAACCACUCCUUCUUCGUCGCGUCAAGGCGGAUGUUGCCGCGCAUCUUCCCAAGAAGCGCGAAUACGUCCUCUUUGCGCCAAUGACAAAAGAGCAAACCGAUAUGUACAAUGCCAUCAACGACAAGGAUGUCGAUACUCGCGCCUUCUUGGAGAAGAUGGUCAUCGACCGUCUCAGUGCCAUCGCUCCUCCUGUCAAGAAGGAAAAAAUCUCUGCCAAGCAGCUCGAGAUUCCGAUCCGAAGCAGUCCUCGAAAGACUAAGGGUGAGGCAGCUCCGGAGACUAAGAAACCCAAUGCGUUCUCGGCAAUGAUGAACCGGGCUAGAAGCUCAUCUUCCAAGCCCCAAGAAGCCACCAAAGCAACAUCAAAAGCCUCAUCGAAGGCAUCCUCCCGGGCUGGCUCCAAGCGCAAGGAAGCACCCACUCUCGAAACACCACAGUCCAAGAGUGCCAAGUCAUCGAGACAGUCGACACCUUCGACCACUACACGAGGCCGGGUCACCCGUGGCCGUCGACGCUAUGUUGAUUCCGAUCCUGACGACGAGGAUAAGCUCUCCGAUGAUGAGUUCGAGGCCAAGCUUGCUCGAGAGGCAGAGGAGGCCGACCAGAAUGACGAUGAUUCUGCCCCCGCUCUUUCCCCUGAGGAACAACACCAGGUCAACAUUCUCGAGCAGGCGAAGAAGGAGAUGUCAACCAAGAAGCUUGGAAACCCCAUCAUGCAGCUUCGCCUUGUGUGCAACUCUCCGCACAACUUCUUCGAUCCUUGGGGAUACGAGGGUAGUCCUCCCGUUGACGAGAGCAUUGUCACAUCAUCCGGCAAGAUGUUGAUGCUUGAUCGUCUGCUUCCUGCCUUAUUCAGCAAGGGUCACAAGGUCUUGAUCUUCUCCCAGUUCAAGACUCAACUUGAUAUCCUUCAAGACUACUGCGAGCUUCGGAAGUGGAAGGCCUGCCGAUUGGACGGAUCUGUCUCUCAGGAAAGUCGCCGCGACCAGAUCAAGGAGUUCAACGAGAACCCCGAGUUCAAGAUUUUCCUGCUUUCCACGCGCGCCGGUGGCCAGGGCAUCAACCUAGCGAGUGCCGAUACUGUGAUUCUCUUCGAUAGUGACUGGAACCCGCAGCAGGAUCUCCAGGCGCAGGACCGCUGCCACCGAAUCGGCCAGACUCGCCCCGUCAUUGUCUACCGUCUCGCCACCAAGGGCACCGUUGAGGAGGAGCUUCUCAUGAGCGCUGACGCCAAGCGUCGUCUCGAGAAGUUGAUCAUCAAGAAGGGAUCCUUUAAGACGAUGGGCCAGAAGAUUGACCUGAAGGAAGACCUUGACGGCGAGACGCUCAAGUCUCUGCUGCUGAAGGAUGGUCAGAUUUUCAAGUACUCCGGUGACCACGAGGUCCUCAGUGACAAGGACCUCGAUGUUCUAUGCAACAGAAGCGACGAGGCCUACUCCAAGGCGGCCGAGGGCACCGCGAACGCCGACGGCUACAAGGUCAUCGAGACUAGCUCCGACGGCAUCACCAUUGCCGGGCAAUCGGCCGCUUAA